GUGGCCUUGAACGCCACUCGGUUGGUGUUUGUGUAACGUUUCGGGACUGCCUGUGCAACGCAGAGAGUUACCGGUGCGGAGUAUCUGAAGACAGGCAGCUAACUGACACAGCAGAAAACAUCAGUGCAAUGCUGCUUCUCAGACGCUGCCACAGCCUGACUCGAUUUUGCCCUCUCAACACUCACAGGCAUCAAGUGGCACCUGCUGUGGCACCGUGUGUAGCUCGUCUUUGGAGCAGCAGCAGCAGUGAGGACCAAAGAUCGUACCAGCGUGUCCACCGCCCCAGCUGGAGACAUGCCCUGGCAGGACUGCUGGCUGGUACUGGGGCCGUCAUGGCUUAUGGCCUCCAUCAUCACAAGGCUGAGCAGGAAGACACCAGUAGAGCGCAGACCAUAGAGAAGACCUCAGCUUUUCCAAUCUUCAGCCAGGAAGAGGUCACCAGUCACCGCUCCCUGGAAGAUGGCGUGUGGGUCACUUACAAAGGCAGCGUGUAUGACAUCACUGACUUUGUGGCCAUGCAUCCUGGUGGGGAUAAAAUCUUGCUGGCAGCAGGUGGAGCCCUUGAACCCUUCUGGGCGCUGUAUGCUGUACACAACCAGGAACAUGUGCUGGAAAUGCUCUCAGAGUAUAAGAUUGGUGAGCUGAGCGCAGAAGACCGGAAGAAGCAGCAGACUGUUGAGUCAUCUGACCCCUACUCCUCUGACCCCGAGCGUCACCCGGUCCUGCGUAUCAACAACCUCAAGCCCUUCAAUGCUGAGCCACCUCCUGAAAUCCUCACUGACAGCUACAUCACCCCGUCUGCUAUCUUCUUCAAAAGAAACCACCUGCCAGUUCCUCAGGUGGACCCGGCUACGUAUCAGCUGCAUGUGGAGGGACUGCCUGGAGGAGUGCUGACGCUCUCCUUAGAGGAGUUAAAGACUCGAUUCCCCAAACACACAGUCACCGCCACCCUGCAGUGUGCCGGCAACCGCCGCUCUGAGAUGAAUAAGGUCAAGCAGGUGAAAGGUCUGAACUGGGGCAUUGCUGCAAUCAGUAACGCUACGUGGAGCGGUGCAAGGCUCAGGGAUGUGCUGCUAGCCGCUGGUUACGGGCCAGAUGUUGCCAAGCAGGCUCGCCAUGUUCAGUUUGAAGGGCUGGACAAAGACGUGACUGGGACUACCUACGGUGCUUCCAUCCCUCUAAACAAGGCAGUUAGCGAGGAAGGUGAUGUGCUGCUGGCUUAUGAAAUGAAUGGCGAGGAUCUCCCUGCCGACCAUGGCUACCCCGUCCGUGUUGUGGUACCAGGCAUAGUGGGCGCACGAAAUGUUAAAUGGCUGGGGAAGAUCGUAGUGAGUGCAGAGGAAAGCAGCAGCCACUGGCAGCAGAACGACUACAAGGGCUUCUCCCCAGCGACAGACUGGGACACGGUGGACUUCAAGUCUGCUCCCGCCAUCCAAGAGCUGCCCAUUCAGUCAGCCAUCACCACACCGGCAGAAGGUGCUGUGGUCGAUCGCAGUAUGGAAGAGGUGACGGUGAAAGGUUACGCCUGGAGUGGUGGGGGCAGAGAGGUGGUGCGUGUAGAUGUUUCUCUGGAUGGAGGGAAGACCUGGCAGGUGGCCCAGCUGAGGAGCAGCGACAAGGAAAAACCACCCGAACCCUCGCCCCCACUGGGACGAGCCUGGGCCUGGAAGCUGUGGGAAGUAACGGCUCCUCUUCCUCCAGAGGUUCAGGAGCUGGAGAUAGUUUGCAAGGCGGUUGACAACAGUUACAACAUGCAGCCGGACACAGUUCCUCCCAUCUGGAACCUGAGGGGCGUGCUGAGUAACGCCUGGCACAGAGUGAAGGUGAAGAUCAGAGAGGAUGAGAGCGAGGAAUAGACUCAGUGGUUUGAUCCACAUUCAAAAUCCAAAAGGUUUUAUGCUUGAAAGAGUCAUCAGAGAGUUGCCAUUGUUUUUAAUCUGUCACUAAGACUGCAAAAAAAACUGUUUCAUAGAAAAUACACCAGGAUUCUUUGACGCACAGCUUUGAAGUAUUUAUGCCAAUAUGUUGCCUGUGAGAUUUGAAGGAUUUUCAGCACAGCAUACUCAGAACAAAACUAAAGACUGGAAAUGACCAAAACACUUACACUUUGGUCUUAAGUGAAUAUGUGAUUCUAUUAAUUUUGAGUCUGGUUUGUAGAAAAGAUUUAUUUUUGUAAUAAGUACUGACACGCACAUAUACGCACAGUAAAAGGGUUGAAUUAAUUGUGUGAUUAACAUGCAUCAUAAUGUAAAACCCUGAUUUAAAAUAAUAUUCUUAAACCUAAUUUAAUGUAGAGGAGUUUUCAGUAUAUUGUCUUUACUUUACAUGAAGGGUUUACUACAGUUGCAUUGAGUGUUCACUUUACUUUAGAGAGAACAAAUGCAGUUGACCGAGACUUUAAUUAACUUUUAAGUGUUAUCUGUUUAUCUGCAGCUCUGACAUUGCUCAUUAAUAAUCUUUUAAAGUUUGAAAAUGUUUAACUUUUAUUGGAAAAGUUUGAGCAGCUUUAAGGUCCAGUGGGAAAGAUUUAGGGGGAUUUAGUGGCAUCUACUGGUGAGGAGUGCGGAUUGCAACCACCUUAAACCUCUCCCUGCUAGAAUUCCUUCAGUGUCACAUUAUCCACAGAGGUCUGUUCCUUUACAAAAUAAACAGACUAGGUGAUUAACCGGUAAAAACACUGAAUACAGCACUUUUACUUUACAAAUCAGUCUCUCAGAUGCUGCUCAGCACGUUGGAAAUGAGCAGCUCACUCAGGGCCUGCUAAUGUGUUUCACCUUAUUUCUGAUCCAGAUGUUCAAGAGGUGUUAAAGGGAGCCAAAUUAUCUGCAGAGGUCUUUUCCUCUCCAGAACAGACAGACCGAGUGAUUUAAACCGUUAAAAACACUGAAUAAAGCAGUUUCACGUUAAAAAAAAAAAAAUCAGUAUUUUUCCAAUGCUCUCAUCGUAGAGGGGUUGCUAUGUCGAUGUAAACGGCUCAUUCUGGAAAUGAAAAUUAUUCCUUUUUACCAGUCAUUAUAAACUAAGAAAAUAUACUUGUUUUUCAUGUUCCUUUUCUGCCAGUCUAUUCCUCUACAUCCUACACACUGGACCUUUAAAUGAUAAUGACCAGGAGCACCUUUCAGUGGCUUAGCUCAUCAAUGCUUGGUUUGAGUCUGCAUAUCAGAGGUACACUGUGACCCUUUGUCUGCCGUUCAGUUUGUGGAGCUGCCUUCCACUGUUUCAAAGUUGCUAUGAAGAACCUAGCUAAAGUACAGCUGUGUUUAAACCACAACACUGCAGCACCCUGCAGAUGGUAGGGCAAUUCAUCACUACUGUUUGGACGAUACUGCAGAUACUGUGUUUUGCGUAAUAUGUACAUUAUUGUUGAGGAUGACAAAUAAAGAGCUCUAAUUUUACACUGA